AGCUCCUGAGUCAGUGGGUCUUGGAUAAGGCUUGGAAAUCUGAAGCUGACACAUGCUGUAAGGGAAAAACGAGGCGAAUGUGAGCCUGUCUGCAACUCCAGGGAUCGGUGCUCUCCAAAGCCUCAUGAGGCUCGGAAUCUGACAGAGGCCAAGCCCCGUCCUGGAAGGAGGACUGCAGCUGCCUGCCUGCCUGCCUGUCCCAUCCCCGUCUGAGCCUCCCCUCCAUCUGCCUGAGGCUGGCGACCCACUGGGGCUUGAGGAUGAAGCUGAGCCCACCGCACUGGCCCCUAUCCUGCCUCCUUGUGCUGUUGCCCUGGCCUCUGGCCACUGCAACAUCAACAACCCCUUGGCCAUGCCCACCCGGCGAGGAGCCCAACCUGGAACCAGGGCGGGGCACAUUAUGCAGGUCCUGCCCCCCAGGCACCUUCUCAGCUUCCUGGGGCUCUAGCCCUUGCCAGCCGCACUCGCGCUGCAGCCCUCAAGGGAGGCUGGAGGCCCAGGUGGGCACGGCAACUCGAGACACACUAUGUGGAAACUGCCAGCCUGGGUGGUUUGCCCCGUCAGAGGUCCCCCAUGUUCCCUGUCGGCCGUGCUCCUGGACACCCCUUGGUACUCGCGGCUGUUACGAGCGGGGGCGACGGGCCCGACGUGGCAUGGAGGUGGCAGCAAGGGUGAGCGGCGCGGGGGAGACGCGGCAGCCUGGGAACAGCACGCGGGCAGGCAGCCCCGAGGAGACAGCUGCCCAGUACGCGGUUAUUGCCAUUGUGCCCAUCUUCUGCCUCAUGGGGCUGCUAGGCAUCCUGGUGUGUAACCUGCUCAAGCGGAAGGGCUACCACUGCACGGCCCACAAGGAGGUCGGGCCUGGUCCUGGAGGCGGAGGCAGCGGGGUCAACCCUGCCUACCAUACUGAUGACGCCAAUGAGGACACCAUUGGGGUCCUGGUGCGCCUGAUCACAGAGAAGAAAGAGAAUGCGGCGGCCCUGGAGGAGCUGCUGAAGGAGUAUCACAGCAAACAGCUGGUGCAGACCAGCCACAGGCCUCUACCCAGGCUGCCGCCGGGCCCACCCAGCAUGCCACACGUCUGCCCGCAUCGCCACCACCUCCACACUGUGCAGGGCCUGGCCUCCCUCUCUGGCCCCUGCUGCUCCCGUUGUAGCCAGAAGUGGCCCGAGGUGCUGCUGUCCCCCGAGGCUGCAGCUGCCACCACUCCUACUCCCAGACUCCUGCCCAACCCGGCCAGGGUGCCCAAGGUCGGGGCCAAGGCAGGACGCCAGGGCGAGAUCACCAUCUUGUCUGUGGGCAGGUUCCGUGUGGCCCGAAUUCCUGAGCAGCGGAUGAGUUCGGUGGCCUCAGAGGUGAAGACCAUCACGGAGGCCGGGCCCUCAGGGGGUGAUCUCCCUGACUCCCCACGACGUGGCCUCUCCAGUGAGCAGUGGACACUGCUGGGAAGUGGUGGAAGCCACCCUAAAUGGCUGAAGUCCCCAGCAGAGAACAAGGCCGAGGAGAACCGCUAUGUGGUCCGGCUGAGUGAGAGCAACCUGGUCAUCUGAGGGGCUGUCUCGUCUGAGGAUACUGCAGCCUUGCCCUGGGAGGCUCCGAAGGCUUCCUGGAGGAGGUAGAGCUGCAGCUGAGCCAGUGAGGAUCCAGAAUGGCCCAGCAGACAGAACAGCCAAGGCCAAGGCCUGGAGGUGGGAGCGUCCACCCCAGUGAGGAGGCAGGCCAGCGUGCCGGCGGGUGCUGUGUGCAGGAGCAGGUUGAGAGCCCCUCCCAUCCCUGCCGCCCAUUUCCUUCCCUGCAGGAUGUCCCUGAUGCCGUGCCCUGCCCUGGCUGGAUCCUAGGAGCCCACAGGGUCCUCUGCACCGCCAGGUGGCUAGGCCUCAGUGGUGGGGAGGGGCCCUCUACCUGGCACCCCUGGCCCCAUGCCUUAGUGAUGAGCCACCCCUUACCUCUGUAGAGGGGACCUCCCCCUCCUUCCUGACAGGUCCUGCAAAGGGAGGGGUCAACAAAAAGCCAUGAGCUAGGAACCGGGUUCCUGGGUUCUAAUCCUGGGCAAGCCCCUGGCCAUUACUGGGUCCCAAUUCUUCUGACUGUGAAGCGGGGAGAGAGUGGCGUCUCGGUGCCCAGGGCCUUCCUGCAUCUUGCAGGCUCUGGGCUGGGUCGUGUAGAUGGAGAACUUGACCCCUUGCCACCCCUCCCACUAGUUUUAUCUGGCCCCGUUUUUUGCUGCUUCAGGGCCACCACCUUCAAGGCUCCCAAGGGGCUGCCCAUUCAUGGCUCUGCCUACAGAAGGGGCAUAAUGCACGUGCCUGCCCCUGACCCUGCUGUUUUUAUUGAAAUUGAAAAAACAGACUUGACCUGGGCGGGGCUGUGGUACAGAGCCCCAACCUGCCCAGCCACCCACAAGAUCUCAGGCGCUUUGGAGGGUAAGGGGUGAGGCCUCUGGCCUCGGUGGUUUCUGUGUCCCUGUGGUAUUGGUGUGUCCGUCCCCUGGCCUGGGCAGUGCGGGCGACUGCCUAGCCCGCGUCUCCACUCUGGCUCAGCAACCUCGUUAUUUAUGUGGGGCUGUGCAGGCAUGGGCCCACUGCUGUCACCGUUUCUCUUAUUUAUUGAAACUUUGCUGUUGUCCCACCCUUGUGUCUCCACGCCCAUCCAUUUGUUGAAUAAUAAAAGGUGGGAAAGUAGUGUCAUGAGGCGCUUCUUUUUCCCUGUGUCUCUUCUCAGGUCUGCCCAUUCAGUGAAUAGUUGUGUGUCGGGCUCCGUGUGUGGGACAGGCCAUCCCUCCCCUGGCAGCGCCUGCUGUUUGGCAGGUGGACACCAGGCAGCAGCUGAAGUGGGGCCGGAGGUGGCCUCUCAGGUCACCUGGUUCUCACUGAAGGCCCUAGAAGCAGUGCUGUC